UUUUUUUUUUUUUUUAAAGAGUGAGAUAUGGCUCUGCCUGCUUUAUUCACAGAGCUAUGCGCGAACUGCCCAGCAGGAAAGAAAGCUGCGGUAGCUCGCAGUGGAUGUGCACUCGGUUGCGGGCGAAGUCACCUAUACACCCUUAAGUAAAGACCACCCAGCGGGAAUAAAUUAGACCACUGUCUUGUGCCUUUGGCAAACUCCUUUCAAAACUAUUCAAAAUGGCUGACGAACACCAUGAUGAUGCUGCCCUCGAUGUGAAGAAGAAGAGAACGUUCCGCAAGUUCUCUUACCGCGGAAUCGACCUUGACAAGCUCUUGGACCUUUCCUCGGAGCAGUUGAUGGACCUCGUCAACGCCCGCCCCCGCAGACGUUUCCAGCGUGGUCUCAAGCGCAAGCCCAUGGGCUUGAUCAAGAAGCUCCGUCAGGCCAAGAAGGACGCUCCCGCUAUGGAGAAGCCCGCUGUCGUCAAGACCCACCUCCGUAACAUGAUCGUCGUCCCCGAGAUGAUCGGCUCUGUCGUCGGUGUGUACAACGGAAAGACCUUCAACCAGGUCGAGAUCAAGCCUGAAAUGAUUGGACACUACCUCGGAGAGUUCUCCAUCACCUACAAGCCCGUCAAGCACGGUCGUCCCGGUAUUGGUGCUACUCACUCUUCCCGUUUCAUUCCCCUCAAGUAAAACGGUUUUUUUUCUUUCAACACGCUUUACAAUAAAAAAAAAAGAAGACCGCACACGAGGCAUUUGUUUCCGGGAUCAAUAUGUUGCAGAAAUAAAUUCUUUUUUCCUUUUUUUUUUUUGGCGUCUAAAA